AUGCCUUGGACUGACUACAGGCUGAGCUGGGACCCUGAGGAGCACGAGGGCAUCGAUUCACUCCGCAUCACUGCCGAAUCCGUGUGGCUACCAGACGUGGUGCUCCUAAACAACAAUGACGGAAAUUUUGAUGUUGCUCUGGACAUCAGCGUCGUGGUGUCCUCCGACGGCUCCGUGCGCUGGCAGCCCCCGGGAAUCUAUCGCAGCAGCUGCAGCAUCCAGGUCACCUACUUCCCCUUUGACUGGCAGAACUGCACCAUGGUGUUCAGUUCCUAUAGCUAUGACAGCUCAGAAGUCAGCCUGCAGACUGGCUUGGGUCCCGAUGGGCAGGAGCGGCAGGAAGUGCACAUUCAUGAAGGCACCUUCAUUGAGAAUGGUCAAUGGGAGAUUAUUCACAAGGCUUCUCGGCUAAUCCAGCCUCCAGUGGAUCCUAGGGGAGAGGGGGAAAGACGGCGUGAGGAAGUCACCUUCUACCUCAUCAUUCGCCGGAAGCCUCUCUUUUACCUGGUCAACGUCAUUGCCCCAUGCAUCCUCAUCACUCUUCUGGCCAUCUUCGUCUUCUACCUGCCACCAGAUGCAGGAGAGAAGAUGGGGCUCUCGAUCUUUGCCCUGCUGACCCUUACUGUGUUCCUGCUGCUGCUGGCAGACAAAGUGCCUGAGACCUCCCUGUCUGUCCCCAUCAUUAUCAAAUACCUCAUGUUUACCAUGGUCCUCGUCACCUUCUCAGUCAUCCUUAGCGUCGUAGUCCUCAACCUGCACCAUCGCUCACCCUACACCCACCAAAUGCCCCUUUGGGUCCGUCAGAUCUUUAUCCACAAACUCCCUCUGUAUCUGGGUCUGAAGAGACCCAAGCCUGAGAGAGACCAGAUACCGGAGCCACCUCCUAUACCUCUCAGGGAUUCUCCAGGAAGUGGCUGGGGUCGGGGAACAGAUGAAUAUUUCAUCCGCAAGCCACCAAAUGAUUUUCUCUUCCCCAAACCCAACAAGUAGUAUCUACUCCCCAUC